AUGGACUCUAGGAGCACUGGUACAAAAAGACUUAUCUCAGUCGGAUCUCUGUCAAACUUUGAAAGAGCUGAAUUUAUCUCUUCUAAGACUGACACCAAAUAAAGAUUAGGAGAGCUCUUUAUUUAUGAACCUACUAAAUUAGAGAGUAUUUAUGCAUGAUCAUUAUAUAUUUAGUGUUUGGAUUGAGAUAAUAGAUAGUUAGUACAAGAAUUCCUAAGUUUGAUCAUCCAAAACCAAUGUUUGAAUUGGAUUAUUAACCAUAAAAAACUUUAACACAUGUUGCAUCUCAAACUGAGUGUUAGAAAUGCAAUCAUAGUUUAAGUAGAAUUGUGUAACCAAAAUAAAAUAUGGAAUCAUUACAUUUAUCUGCUCCUUCAUUAUAACCAUAUGAAAAAUAAGAACCUAAAGUUAUAGCUCCUAAAUAAUUAUAAAGUCAUAUAGCAAGAUAAAAAAAGAAGGAUCUACCCCCUAUUUUAUAAUAUUCCUUUAUCUAGCCACCACCUGUUUUUACAUAAUCUGCUAAAGCUGUAAGAGAAUAGAAAUCUUUUGGUAAAUUAUCUUAAGGCAGAAUAUCCAAGAAAUUUGAUAGUGAAUUGGUUAAAGUCAUUCAAUAAGAACUCAGCAAGUAAUUACAUAAGAUUGAAGAUGAAAUCUAAGAAAAAGGAUAUAGUGUUCCACUUAAAUAUGUAUAAAUAGAUUUAUACAUUUCUUAUAGUAAAAUCUAAAAAGAACUAAAUAAAUGACUCUAAGUAAAAAAAUCAAAUUAGAAAAAUAAUCUCAAAUCUUAAAUGAAAAGAAGACUGAAUCCUAAUUCUUUAUGUAAAAAGAAAAAGAAAAAGAAAUCCGAUCAAUAAUAUUUUUCAAAUAACCUGAAAAAAGUCAAUCUCAAAUUCGCCUCUAAAAAGAAGAUAAUAGCAACAUAAUAUUUGGUUAUUCAAAUAGAUAAGACGUAUAAGCAUGA